AUGGUGUACACACUACUAAAGGGCACUGGGUCCAACUGUGUGUCGGUGGAUACAUUGCCAGGAUCCACGUUGGAGAUUGAGUAUCACUUACCGGAUCUCAAAGUCAAAGACAAUGUCGAAGAUCAAAAGCUGUUGGAUGAACCGUUGAACACCGAAGGCAUGGAUGAAGCCGAAGCCGCAUUGCUACAGAGACAACGAGAAGUUGCCAUCAAACGGGCCCGCCAAGGCAAGGAUGUCUCGAUUGCCAUUAGUCAACGCAAUCCAUUCCCCAUUAUUGAAUUGGAACCUCACAAGCGAGAACGACCGCGCAAUCAAAGAGAACAACCCGCCGAUAAGGAAGGAACGAUACUAUUCGAAACAUCGCCAACGGGUGGACCCGUACAAUUGUGCAUUCAUUCCCUAUUCGCCAACAAACUACAUCCCUACCUCAUUGGAUUGCGCAUUGAACAAAUUGUCAAUCUCAGUGCCGAACAAACUGAAAUGAUUCAUGAUGAACAAGAACAAGGUGAAGCACCACGAAUACUCGUAAAAAAUGACGCCGCAGAUGCCGAAACCGAACAAGUACUCAGCCACUUGUCGGCUUUUACCCAGGAAAUGGUUCGCGCCGAAAACUUGGUACGCACCAUUCUAGCCAGUGCCGAUGUCGUCAAAAAGGAAGAAGCAGACUUUUACGAACAAUCCAUUCGCAUGGAAAAAAGUGUACACUUUUGGCCCAUGGUGCAACUCGUCUGCUUGCUGCUGGCGGCGUUUUUCCAGAUUCGACAUGUCGUGACAUGGAUGAAGCGAAAACAUAUUUAUUAA